AUGGCGUCUUCUAUUCUCAGAAGUAUGCUGCAACUCGCACUACUCACGUUGGUGGUUUGCUCCUCUACCGGUACGUUAGCUUCGACCGUUACGCUUAAUGGUUGGAAAGUCGGGUCAAGUGCAGCGGUUGGAACGGCGCUGGAGCUAUCUUCGCCUGAUUUCGACACGAGCCAGAUGCAUACUCUAGACGACAGCAAGGGUACUUUGAUGUCCACAUUGAUCCAAAGUGGAGUCUACAACGAAUCACAUCUUUUCCAUUCGGCAAACCUACAGUCCAUCGAUACGGCGCAGUUUCGAGUGCCUUGGUUCUACCGUAAUGUGUUUACUCUGGAUAACUCAAGCACUGCGUCUCACCACUAUUCCCUCAAAACCCACGGCAUCUCGUCGAGUGCGGAUAUCUGGCUUAACGGAAAGCAAAUUGCGAAUCAAUCAGUACAGGCUGGAGCAUAUACUGGAUUCGAAUACGACAUCUCGGAUCAUGUACGCCUCGCUGGAGAGAAAGAGGUGCUCGUGGUCAAGGUCUAUCCUACAGACUACAAUCGUGACUUUGCUCUUGGAUUCGUGGACUGGAAUCCGUACCCUCCGGAUAAUGGAACUGGUAUCUGGCGUGACAUUGAGGUCAGACGCACCGGACCUGUGACUCUCACCACUCUCCUUGUAGGCGCAGAAGGACUCAAUGGGACCGUUUUUCUCAAGCUCGAGGCAAAGCCAACGCUUAAGAAUGCUGAACGGUCUUGUCAGCUCGAGUGCGCCAUGUAUGAUCACGGUGGCGUUCAAGUUGCUGGUCGUAAAGAAAACCUCACCCUUGAUCACAAUGGAGCUGCCAUCUCUUGGACUAUGGAUAUCAAGGAUCCGCAAGUCUGGUGGCCGCGGCAAUGGGGCGCUCAGCCGCUAUACAGCGCGCAGUGCAACGCAAGUACAGCCACAGGCCUUUCAGACCAGACUCCAGUCACCAAGUUUGGCAUUCGCAGCGUGACAUCCAAACUUGAUACGAAACACAAUGAUACCACGUUCUUUGUCAACGACAAGCGAUUUCAAGUUCUAGGGGCAGGCUAUACAUCUGACAUGUUCCUACGCUUCGACGAGGAGAAGCUCCGAGAGCAGUUCCAGUACGUUCUUGACAUGGGUCUCAAUACGGUUCGAUUAGAGGGGAAACAAGAACAUCCCUUUCUCUACGACCUUGCCGACGAAAUGGGCAUCAUGAUCCUUGCUGGCUGGGAAUGCUGCGACAAAUGGGAAGGCUGGAGCUACAACGACGAAGGCAGUGGCGAGAAGUGGAGUGAUGCAGACUACACUAUUGCCAAAAACUCUAUGCUACAUGAGGCGGAGAUGAUGCAAGCCCAUCCCAGUAUCUUAGGCUUCUUGGUAGGCAGCGAUUUCUGGCCUGACGACCGUGCUACCGACAUAUACAAAAAGGUGCUUGAGGACGUCGCCUGGCGCACGCCUAUCAUUUCGUCAGCCAGUCAGCGUGGUGCACCAGAUGCCCUCGGCAACGGCGGGAUGAAGAUGGAAGGCCCUUAUGACUGGGUGCCUCCCAACUACUGGUACGACAGCAAGAUUCGACUUGGUAGCGCAGCAGGCUUUGGAUCUGAGCUCGGUGCGGGAGUCGGCACCCCUGAAAUAGGAUCGCUGAAGAAGUUUCUCAGCGAAAGCGACAUGGAAGAUUUGUGGAACCCAAAGAGUAAGGACAAGGGCUUAUACCACAUGUCCACGAAUGUCUCGUCGUUUUACACACGAAGCAUAUACAAUGACGCUUUGCAUUCUCGCUACGGUACCCCAAAGAGUCUGGAUGACUACCUGCUCAAAGCACAAAUGAUGGACUACGAAGCUACACGUGCUCAAUUCGAAGCGUACAUUUCCCGGUGGUCAGACUCCCUCACACGACCCGCCACAGGUCUCAUAUACUGGAUGCUCAACAACGCCUGGCCCUCGCUCCAUUGGAACUUGUUCGACUACUACUUGCAUUCCGGCGGUAGCUACUACGGCACCAAGGCCGCGCUCGCCAAUCUCCAGACCGCCAUCUACAACUACGAAGAGAACGCCAUAUACCUCGUCGAUCGCCGUCUUCCAGAAUCAACCUCAGACCCCUCCUCCCGCAUCAUUGAAGUCGAAACCAUAUCUUUUGACGGCACUCCACUUUCCCAAACCAUCUUAAACACCACCACGACCCCAAACUCCAGCCAAAAAGUCUCCACCGUCCCUAGUCUCCCCAGCACAAAAGACGCCAUACUUCUCCGUCUACGCCUCUCCUCACCCACCGGCACGACCCUAAGCCGCAAUGUCUACUGGCUCCCCCCAAAUCCCGACACCAUGAACUGGGACAACUCCACUUGGUACCACACCCCCGUCACGCGCUUUGCCGAUCUCCGCGCCCUCGGCCGCAUGGACACCGCUGACCUCGUCGUGAAGGCGCAGAACAGUAGCUCGCUCCUCUUGCACAAUCAAGGUACCCAGCCGGCGCUGUUUGUCAGGCUGAAUCUUGUGGAUGCUGGGGGGCAGGAUAUUGUCCCUGUGCGCUGGUCGGAGAAUUAUGUCACUUUGUGGCCGGGGGAAAGGGUGGGGGUGGGGGUUUCGUAUAUGUGGAGGGAGGGGGUGAGGGUUUGGGUUCAGGGGGUGAAUGUGGAGGAGGUGGGGGUGGAGUUGGGGUGA